AUGCCAAGCGAUCAAAACGAUCCUAAUGGCAGCAGGUUGACAACAAUUGGAAGAAGACGGAUGCCAGAUGGCCAAUGGAAAUUUUUAUCUUUCAAGGAUUAUUAUCAGACAAAAGAUGAUGGCCAUAAUAUUAUAUCUAUGGGCAUUAGUGGUGAUGGGAUCAUACAUAUGGCCUGGGAUAUGCACGGUGAUGGUAUACAUUAUAGACAGUCUAAGCAUGGGUUAGCCUUAUCGGAAGAUGAAGACAAUUGGUGUAUAUCUUCAUUUGGAAAAGUAUUGGAUUCACUUGAUGGUGAUGGUAAAAAGUACGUGUUCGAUGAAAUCACAUAUCCAAGGUUUUUGACCUUACCAUCUGGUGAUAUGCUUCUAGAAUUUAGGAUUGGUAGAUGUGGACUCGGGGAUGAAUAUAUUUACCGUUUCUCAAGCACGACUCAUAUCUGGUAUGAAGUUUCUACUCCGGUCAUCCAAGGUGUUGGAAAUAACGCUUAUAUUCAUGGAUUUGACUACAGUAUUGACAAAAAACUACAUAUCAGCUGGACUUAUCGUGAUUUUGUUGAAGACAGAACAGAACAAACUGAUAAUAAAGUAACUUCUCAAGCUGGACCGAAUGGACCUGAAAACAACCACGAUCUACACUACGUGUACUCGCCAGAUGAAGGCUAUACUUGGUAUAACGGUGAACACGAGAGGUUGGCUCUUCCAAUUAACAUGAAUUCACCAUCAUUAGCCGUUAGUAUUCCAAAAUUUUCUGGAAUAAUGAACCAAGAAGGACAAUGCGUUGAUGGUAACGGAGGAGUUCAUGUACUUGGACGAGAAAGUGGUUAUUAUUAUCAUUAUUAUCGUAACCCUAUUGACGGAUUAUGGCAGAGAAGAAAAAUUAACAAUUAUGUAGGAAGGUUAUUUGGUGCAAGAGGGAAGAUAUUUUGUCAAGAUUCGAAUCCUAACAUUAUAUAUGGUCUUAUACCAUUAAAUGCUGAGAAAUUUGUCAUUGUGAGGUCUCAAAUCCAAGAUAAAAAAAACCUAACUUAUAAUCAAAGUGACUUCGAUUGGAAGGUUUUACAUACUUUUGAGGGUUUGGAUGGAGAACCAGUAUAUGAUAGAUAUCGUAAGGAUAAUACUGUUUCCAUAUUACAAAGGGUAGGAAACUUAGGCGUAGAUGAUUCAGCUAAUCCUUUUUAUGAUAACAAAGGAUUAAGAAAAGUAAUUUUAAUAGAUGUAAAUUUCACCCCCAUAUAG